AUGCGUCUAUCAAGAACAGCAGGCCUCAUGGCUUUCUGCGCCUCGGCUCAAGCCUUUACCGACUCGUCGCCUUUUGUGAUGCUGUCGACCGCGAAGUUCGCGCAAUCAAACUCCGCCCAGCUCCAGACCGAAGCCCAAAUCGUCAAAUCUGUUCAGCAUCUCCUCUCUUCGUGCCCGACGGACCGUUACCUCCUCGUUGCUCAGCCCAACGUCAACGCCGCAGACAUCCGCGGCCCGGACGGCGACUGCAAGGCCUUGAAUCUGUGCCGUGCGAUCGCCGGCAGCGAUAUCCGUGGCGUCUACAGUGUCGCUGAGGUAGUUGGCGAAGUGCCCAUCGGCAAGCUGUCUGAUUACAUCAAGACGGCAUGCGCGGGCAAGACGGUCGAGAUCGAGCAGACCCGGCUUGCCCCCCUCGGACGGGACUCCCGUGAGAGGGCUACCACGCUCGCCGACAAUGACUAUCUCCUCGGUCGCAACCUCGAGAAGCUUCGCGAUGCGUCCAAAUCAUACACCGUCAUCUACCUCGCCAGCCCGUCCGAGCCUACCUAUCAGGCCGAGUUCACCGGAGAGCCUCUGCACGCAGAGCUGAAGCGCCACGAGGCGAGCCUGCUGCAUGCCAGGAAGGACAAGAACGAAACGGAAUGGAACAAGCUUCCUCUCUUUGAAAAAUACGUCUUCUUUUCGCCAGGCAUUUUCCACGCCAUUGUUGCGUCCAUCAUUCUCUUCAGCAUUCUCGGUGUCGCACUUAGGGCGCUCGCCAGCCUCGAGAUUCCGUACGGGGCUUUCGACAAGGAAAAUGGCCCCGCCGCCCACAAGAAGAGCCAGUAG